AUGGCAGAGAAGGAGCAGGGUAAUGCCGGAGACACCACCAAGUACCAUGGGGUGUGGCGGCGAACUUGGGGGCAAGUAUGCAGCGGAGAUCCGGGAUUCCAACCGGCAUGGGGGUGUGCCAACGACCGCGUCGCCCACGCCAUGCGCGGCUCCCUGGCUGUCCUCAACUUCCUCGUGGAGGCGUGCCAAAACCUCGCCGGUGCUAGCGCCGAUUUCGUAUUGAUUUUUGACACCCCUCUCAAAUUAGAGUGCUUGGACGACAACGUGCUCAAGGAGCUGCUCGACCUCGACAAGGAGAUCUGGAGGAAGAAGGGUGGCUGA